UAUUGAACUAACUGACAUAAAUAGUGGCGAUAGAUGAAGCUGCAUAGCAGAGUUCAAUUUACUGUGAGUGACGAGUGACGGAUAAGAAAAAAGGUAACUCCAUUUCAGUAGCAGAGCUUCAAUUAUAUUAUUUUCAAUGUUCGCUUAGGAACCCCAAAACAAAGUAAAUAGUGAAAUAGGGGGCCAUAAUCUCCGCCUGCGUGUUUAGAGCACCACCUGUUUGAUAAAAGGACCCAACCACGCCUUCCAAUUUCUUUUUUCAUUUUCAAAGUUCUCUGUUUAUUUUCUCAGUGGCACUCUGCCAAACACACACCCAGAGAGGGUGUAAGAUAUUUCCACUGACAACGUUGUGAAGUCUCGAAAAUGCUGUUUACCCAAACUGCACGCUUUUCCCCUUUCUGUACAACUAACGUCGAUGCUACUUUGCAUCCAAUGUCAUCACUUAAUAUUCAGAAUCUUAGUUUCGAAUCUGCUGUCGGUUUUUCUCGUUAUUCCCCUGUGUCUAGCCACCGCGUUGUAACGCCUGUAUCAUGCUCCGUUUCUAGAAAGUCUCCCUCAAAACCCAAGCCUGAACCUGAACCUGAAGCUGGUUCCAACCAAGGAGCAAGGCCUAAGGCAAGAACCAGAAGCCCCCAACCUGAAGAUGUUGUAUCCAGCAAUGAAGAUAAAAGUUCUGCCGAGACAUUCCCCUCAACUAUUCCGAGGAAGCCGAGGCGAGGUCGUAGGAGUGAAGCCAGGGCAGUGGAAGAUUUUGUACGCAGCUCUCUCGAACGCACUUUUACUGCAAUUCGGCAACGAAAUGCAGAUGCUUUGGAGAAUCAUGAGAAUAUAAUGAAGGACAGAGAUGACGACAAUUCUAAGUCUGAAAGUGUUAAUGAAGGUGACGAUGAGGAAGAUGGUGGUGAAGAGAGUGGAAAUAAAAUGGUGAUCGAGGAAGAAAGUAAGAGCUGGCCAUUGGAUGCAGAUGUUGGGUGGGGGAUAAGAGCUUCAGAGUAUUUUGAGAAGCAUCCAAUAAAGAAUGUUGUGGGAGAAGAUGGUUAUGAAAUUGACUGGGAAGGGGAGAUUGAUGAUAACUGGGUGCAAGAGAUCAACUGUUUGGAGUGGGAGAGUUUUGCUUUCCAUCCCAGCCCGUUAAUUGUCCUUGUCUUUGAGCGCUAUAACAGGGCAACUGAUAACUGGAAAAAUUUGAAAGAGCUGGAGAAAGCAGUAAAGGUGUAUUGGAAAGCCAAAGAUCGAUUGCCUCCCCGGGCGGUUAAGAUAGACGUUAACAUCGAGAGAGAUUUGGCGUACGCUCUGAAAGUUAGAGAAUGUCCUCAAAUUUUAUUUUUACGGGGUAACAGGAUCGUGUACAGAGAGAACGAACUGAGAACUGCGGAUGAGUUGGUUCAGAUGAUUGCAUUUUUCUAUUACAAUGCAAAGAAGCCUGCGUGGAUAGAUGAUAAGGCCUUGUAUUCACGUUACUAAUUAAUUUUCCGGAAUAUAGCCCUUGUCAACUUCAAGGUCUGUAUCUUUGCAAUGAAACAAUCAAAACUUGCUUGGUAAUUAUUGUAAGUUAUAUAAGUUUUUUGAAUGAUUGUAUGGUUUAAAAAGUAAUACAAAUAGUGCAUUUUAUAUU